AAAACGGGUGCAUCAUCUGGGGUAGGCCUUCGCGCCCCCCAACCAAUUGAUGUCAAGCAUUUCCUGUGACGUGAAUCUUGCAGAUUCGCACUAAGGACGGCUUUGGUAAAACACCCGGAUCCAUCUCCAGUCUCCAUUUGAUGGAGAACACGAGGUCACCGUUACCUCAAUGAAAAGAAAAAUAUACACAGAGAAAGGGAGCAGAUGCCUGCUAGGGGUGAGGGGAAAAGCGGGAGACAAUCAUAUUAUUCAAGCGCCCCAUAUUAGCGCCCCAUCUGAAUAUGGAGUCCAUCGAUCGACUUCAACACCAGCUCAUAUUAACAAGUAUUUCUGUUCCCUUCGACCAGCAAGUCAAGCUCUCCUCGAAUCGCUUAGCUACUUACAGCGUAGCAUUACGGGAUGGAGUACAUGCAUAUCAGGUGGACUGGUGAUAGGCUUUUUGCCUUCUCGUUUCCCAACUGAACUCGAGGACUUUGGCGGGAUAGAACCAUGGUCUUCGGAUUCGAGUUCGAAUUCGAGUCUCAGGCCGCUACCUAAGAAACAUGUAUCAACACCACGCUUGAGGAACGGGGAGGAGCGGGAACGAGCUGGUGGGACACAAAAUCGGCUCGCCGACAAUUUACGGUUCAUCUCUUGAAUGAACCCUUGGUUCCCUCGUAAAUGGCUGCCCCUUGAUGGCUCUUUCAAUACAAGGCCUGUCCCUGUCCGCGCUUUGACAGAAGCAAGUAAAAAGGAAAGGAAUCGAAAGAAAGAAGGGAAAUGGAAGAAAAAGAAAAAGAAUGAUCAGACCGACCCUGCUAUGCUUCCAUCAUACAGUCUGCUUGGCCACAGGAAUUAUUACCUACCUGCUAACCUGGAUUCGCCCGUUGCAAUCUCCUUCUACUUUCGGUUCAAAGUCCGGGGAAAUUGAUACCUCUUCCCUGCCCCCAGGGGCUAAUCGGCUCCGAGUUUCCUGACAGAUAUCGGCAUCGUCCCUCCACAGACAGCAUAUCGACUCACCUUCAUUGGCAGAUCAUGCACCUUCGAUCCCGAAAUCUGACCAUUAUUUUUCCCGGAUACCGCAUUUUAUAAUAAAAGAGAAAACGAGAUGCCUCCAACCCAAAUGCUCAAGAAAAACGUUAGGAGAAAAGGAA